GCGGCGCGGAGGAGGCCGGUGAUGGCGGCGCCCUCGGCCCCGCGGCCGCCGCGGCCCCGCAAGGAGCCGCAGCCGCUCGUCAUCCCGCGCAGCGCCGCCGAGGAGCAGCGCCUCCGCCUCGAGCGGCUCAUGAGGAACCCGGAAAAGACUGUACCAAUUCCUGAAAAACUGAAUGAAUGGGCACCACGACCUCCCCCGGAGUUCGUUAGAGAUGUGAUGGGUUCCAGUGCUGGAGCUGGGAGUGGGGAAUUUCACGUGUACCGGCAUCUUCGUCGGCGAGAGUACCAGAGGCAAGAUUUCAUGGAUGCCAUGGCUGAGAAGCAAAGACUAGAUGAGGAGUUCCAGAAGAAGCUGGAGAGGAAUAAGAUGAUUGCAGAAGAGCAAACAGCAAGACGUAGAAGGAAGAGACAGAAGUUAAAAGAGAAGAAACUUCAAGCUAAGAAAACUAAACUUGAACAAAAGAAACAGGAAAAAGAACCUGACCAAUCUCAAGAGCAAGUCAGCAGCGAGGAUGAUGAAGAGGAUAGCAAGGAGGAAGAAGAGAAGGAAGAUGACGCUGAAGAGCCAAGUUUUGUGAUGGGAAGAGGAUGAGGCCUUUCAGGGACAGCUGGAAGCACUGUUCAUUGCUUUAUAAUCAGGAGCAUGAAAGUCUUUCAUCUCAGCCAAGCAGAACCCAUCGGCAUACGUUGCAUCUACUUAACGGUGAAUGACCUUCACGUUGCAGGCCCAAGAGAUAUCGAUAGAGAAAUGCCAAAUAAGAGAUUUUUUUCUUAAUUGCUUGUAUAACUGCUGUGCAGUCUGCUCUAAGUUUGCUCUGAAGGGUCAGCCAUAAGCCUCUGUGACCCUAGAGUUCUUUCCAACAUGGCCCAGAGUGUUUUUCUGUCUGAAAGCUGAAACAUAUCCAUUACUGUUUAAGGAAAAUACUACUGUGAGGGCUACAUCUUCUACUUAUGUCGAAGCUGGAAGCAGUGGGAUACAUGAAUCUAAGAGAAGAGCUUAACCUGAAGUAGAAAAGUGGUCCGUAGCCAGACUCUCCUGCACUGUGAGUGUUCUGAAUUUGGGGUUUUGUAUGGGGUCAUCUCUAACCCAAAGAAAUUAGUUUAUGUUGCUAGACAGGUUCUAUAGAUUUUUAAGCAGGAUCCAUUUUUUAUUGCUGAACUUUCCCUAUUGCUUUUCUUCCGUGUUUUUUAAAUGAAUAAAGGGAAUGUGUUGGA